AUGACGAUUAAGCUGGUUGUUGGAGGGUUUAUUUUGCACAUUAUUAGUGCUUACGCGCCGCAAGCGGGCUUGGGCGAGGAGGAUAAAAGACGUUUUUGGGAGGAUUCGGACGAGAUGAUGGAAAGUAUACCGUCCACUGAGAAGCUAUUCAUCAGAGGAGAUUUCAAUGGGCACAUUGGGUCAAUUUCAGGGGGAUAUGACAAUGUGCAUGGAGGUUGUGGCUUCGGGGACAGGAACGGAGGAGGAGUUGCACUGUUGGAUUUGGAAAAAUCCUUUGGGCUGAUGGUGGCCAAUUCGAAGGAGCCAGGAAAUGCUCCGAUGUUGCUAGUUUCACCUCUGACCAAAACUGGGCAAGGAAGGGAAAGGCUAAUGCUGGGAGUUGAGCCUCAAGCUUCAUAUUGUGGUAGACCAGUGGAGGAUGAAGAGCCUUCUGAGAAACUGAGGAUUUUGCAGCCUAAGGACCCUAUUAACCAAGACUUGACAGUAUCUUCAGGGCAAGGCUAA